AUGAAGUUUGUAGCUUACUUCACCCUCCUCACCUCCGCUGUCCACGCAGGUCUGCUGAGAAAAAGACAAACCUGUCCGCAGGUUUGUGACGCCUCUCAGUGCCCUCUCCCGCCGCCGGCCUGUUACUACGGACAGGUGAGGGACGGAUGCGGAUGCUGCGUGGUGUGCGCGGCCGGUGAGGGUGAAGCCUGCGGGAAGCGGAGCGCUGGCGGCCUCUCCUGCGGGGACGGGCUGCGGUGCGACUCUGUCCCCGGGGAAGACGGAAGGUCCCGCAGCUCUUGCGUGUGCGUCUCCUCUGGCCCGGUGUGCGGCAGCGACGGCAGGACUUAUCCCAGUAUCUGCCGCCUGAGAGCCGAGAACAGGAGAGCCGAGCUCGGUGAGACCCCCACGGUCAUUUUGAUCCACAGGGGCCGGUGUGAUUCAGGAAUACAGCAUCCAGGAAGUAUGCGCUACAAGUUCAACUUCAUUGCAGAUGUAGUAGAUAAAAUUGUCCCUGCUGUGGUGCAUCUGGAGCUUUUCCAAAGACUGCCAUUUUCUAACGAGGAGGUCUCAGUGUCGAGUGGCUCCGGGUUUGUAGUGUCAGAGGACGGCUGGAUCGUCACCAACGCGCACGUACUGACCAACAAGCAGAGGAUAAAAGUCGGGCUGAAAAGUGGUUUGCAGUACGAUGCUGUAGUCAAGGACAUGGACCAGAAGAUGGACAUUGCACUUAUCAAAAUCGACCCAGAUACGCCCCUUCCUGUGCUGCGUCUCGGCCAGUCCUCAGACCUGCGUCCUGGCGAGUUCGUGGUGGCGGUGGGAAGCCCUUUCUCCCUGCAAAACACCGUCACCACCGGCAUUAUCAGCACUGUGCAGCGCAACGGCCUGGAGCUGGGCUUCAAGGACUCUGACAUGGACUACAUCCAAACUGAUGCCAUGAUUAAUUAUGGCAACUCCGGUGGACCCCUUGUCAACCUGGAUGGAGAUGUUAUAGGCAUAAACACUCUGAAAGUGGCAGCAGGAAUCUCUUUUGCCAUUCCUGUGGACAAAAUAUGCCAGUUCCUUGCUGAAUCCUACAACAGACAAGUCAGCGGAAAUGCAGUGCAAAAAAAGAAAUUCAUAGGCGUCCGGAUGCUGCAGCUCUCACCAUCGUUAAUCCAAGAUCUCAAGGAGCGUGAGAGUGAAUUUCCAGAUGUGAGCUCAGGGCUUUACAUUUAUGAGGUAAUACCGGGAACAGCUGCAUCCAGCGCCGGUCUGAUCGAUCACGACGUCAUCAUUGGCAUCAACGGGCAGCCCGUUCACACCACGCAGGAAUUGAACAAAGCGGUCCAAAGCAGCACCUUUCUUUCAGUGCUGGUGAGACGAAAGGAUAGAGACGUUACACUAACUAUCAUCCCCGAAGAGACGGACUGA